AAAUUGUAAGUCUCCUUGUAUGUUUGUUAAAAUGGCAAAAAGACCAUGCUAUUGAAAGCAUAAAUGUAUUGGCAAUAAUUUGUUGUUGAUCUAAUACAGGUUCUAGUGCUGGUUGAACAUGCUGCUACAGCAAGUGCAGCAGAUCUUUAUUCUAGCCUUGUGAAAGAUCUAUCUAUCGCCCAUGUGAGGUGUCACCUCAAAGUUUUUAUGGACGUUUUUCUCAUGAUGCCUUGUAACUUCUUGGACAGGUGGAAAGAAAGGGCCAUUCUGGGAGAUGAAUUCUGCCCGGCGCUUCGGUGUGUGGUAAGUGCAACAAUAUUCCGUGCUUUCUAA